UCUUCUCCCUGUUGAACGGGAGUAACGUUACAGGCAGCGGGAGUGAGUGAGGUACGGACGGCCCUUCGGAUGCUCGGCCGCGGGGGGAAGAAGAAGAAGCAGCAGCUGCGGAUAUCCGUCUCAUACCUGCCUCAAAACGGGCUCUUCUCGUCGCCUAUUUUUUUUGUCUUCUUCUUCCCCCGCUGACCGGUUUUGUGUGAAAGCGAGAUAAAACAGCCUGGUUUGGUUUCGUAACGCGCUGCACCGGUUAGCAGCGCGGAGGAAAAAGAUCUUUUCCGAGGAUGCGGAUUUAACGGAAAGACGUUAUCGGUGUUACCUGGGAUUCUUGACCGUUAAAAUUUGAAUUAGCUUCGUCGCACGCGUCGGUAGCGGAGGAAGAUAUUUUUCAUGUCUGGUGAAAUAUCGCACAUAGUGACGCGGUAGUUAAAAUAUCGACAGCCUCUGUAACAGAAGACAAAAUAAGGGGUUGAAUGUGUUUUCCUCCAGCCCGGACACCAUGAGCACCAUCUCGCCGACGGACUUUGACAGCUUGGAGAUCCAGCAGCAGUAUAAUGACAUCAACAAUCGCUGGGACCUGGCGGCAGAGACUGACUGGGAUAACGAGAACAGUUCAGCACGCCUCUUCGAACGCUCACGCAUCAAGGCUCUCGCAGAUCCAGAAGAAAAGGCCAUGGAGUAUGACCGCAGGGACAGAGAGCCCUGCUUGUCCCCCGCAGCAUUUGUUAAUCAGGUGCAAUACUCUAACAUCCUGGAAGGAAGGUUUAAACAGCUGCAAGAUGAGCGUGAAGCAGUACAGAAGAAGACCUUCACCAAAUGGGUAAACUCUCACUUAGGCCGAGUGACCUGUCGCAUUGGUGACUUGUACACCGACCUGCGCGAUGGCCGCAUGCUCAUCCGCCUUCUGGAAGUGCUCUCAGGAGAACAGCUGCCAAAGCCCACCAAGGGCCGCAUGCGUAUCCACUGCCUGGAGAAUGUUGAUAAAGCCCUGCAGUUCCUUAAGGAGCAAAAAGUCCAUCUAGAAAACAUGGGCUCACAUGACAUUGUGGAUGGGAAUCACCGUCUCACCUUGGGUCUCAUUUGGACCAUCAUCCUUCGCUUCCAGAUCCAGGACAUCAGUGUGGAGACGGAGGACAACAAGGAGAAAAAAUCAGCUAAAGAUGCUCUGCUGCUUUGGUGCCAAAUGAAAACUGCUGGAUACCCCAAUGUCAACAUCCACAACUUCACCACCAGCUGGAGAGAUGGUCUGGCGUUCAAUGCCAUCGUACACAAACACAGACCUGAUGUGAUUGACUUUGACAACCUGAAGAGGUCCAAUGCUCACUACAAUCUCCAGAAUGCUUUCAAUGUGGCUGAGAAGGAACUGGGGCUUACCAAGCUGCUGGACCCAGAAGAUGUUAAUGUUGAUCAACCUGAUGAAAAGUCCAUCAUCACCUAUGUGGCGACCUACUACCAUUACUUCUCCAAGAUGAAGGCUCUGGCAGUGGAGGGCAAACGAAUUGGCAAGGUACUGGACUAUGCUAUUGAGGCCGACCAGCUGAUUGAGAAGUAUGAGACCCUUGCCUCAGAGCUGCUGCAGUGGAUUGAGCAGACCAUAGGGACGCUCAAUGAUCGGCAGCUAGCUAACUCACUGAGUGCCGUACAGAAUCAGCUCCAGGCUUUUAACUCCUACCGCACUGUGGAGAAACCCCCCAAGUUUACAGAGAAAGGAAAUUUGGAGGUUCUCCUCUUUACGAUUCAGAGCAAGAUGAGAGCAAACAAUCAGAAAGUCUACAUGCCAAGAGAGGGCAAACUCAUCUCUGACAUCAAUAAGGCAUGGGAGCGACUGGAAAAGGCAGAGCACGAGCGAGAGCUGGCACUAAGAAACGAGUUGAUUCGCCAGGAGAAGCUGGAGAUGCUUGCUGCCCGUUUUGACCGCAAAGCAGCUAUGCGGGAGACUUGGCUGAGUGAGAACCAGAGGCUGGUGUCUCAGGACAACUUUGGAACCGACUUGGGAGCAGUGGAAGCUGCAACCCGCAAACAUGAAGCAAUUGAGACAGACAUUGGGGCUUACUGGGAGCGUGUGGCUGCUGUGGAGGCUGUUGCCAAAGAGCUGGAGGCAGAGUCGUACCAUGACGUGCGACGUAUACUUGCACGAAGGGAUAAUGUGCUUCGACUCUGGGAAUACCUGAAAGAGCUUCUAGCUGCACGCAGGGAGCGGCUGAAUGCCCAUCGUGACCUGCAGAGGCUGUUUGAGGAGAUGCGCUACAUCAUGGACUGGAUGGCAGACAUGAAGGGUCGUCUACAGUCUCCUGACAGUGGCAAACAUUUGCAUGACGUGUUGGACCUACUGCAGAAACACACUCUGGUAGAGGCUGACAUUUCAGCUCAGGCAGAGAGGAUCAAGGCAGUGCAGGGAGCUGCACAGCGCUUCACCUCCUAUGAACAGGCCUACAAACCGUGUGAGCCGGGACUAGUUAGUGAGAAAGUUGACCUGCUGGGUCAGGCCUAUGAGGAGCUUGGUCAGCUUGCUGGGAAACGCAGAGUACGCCUCGAGGACUCGCGUCGCCUGUGGCAGUUUCUAUGGGAUCUGGGAGAGGAAGCAGCCUGGAUCAGAGAGCAGGAGCAGAUCCUUGCCAGUGGAGACUGUGGUCGUGACCUCACUUCUGCCCUUCACCUGCUCAGCAAACAUGAGGCCUUCAGGGAUGAGAUGGCAGCCCGUUACGGCCCCCUGAGUAAUAGCAUCGCUGCCGGAGAAGCUUUGGUUCAGGAGGGACACUUUGGAGCCCCAGAGGUCACAGAGAGGAUUCAAGACAUCCGUGCACAGUGGGCACAUCUGGAGGAGACAACUAAGCUCAGAGAGCAGAGCCUUAAAGAAGCAGUGGCCCUGCACCAGUUUCAAACAGAUGCCAAUGACAUGGAGGCAUGGAUCAUGGAGACACUUAGACAGGUGUCCAGUACAGAGGUGGGCCAUGACGAGUUCUCCACCCAAACUCUCGCUCGCAAACAGAGGGAGAUAGAUGAGGAGAUCCAGAGUCACCGCCCCGGCAUCGACUCCCUGCAUGAGCAGGUCCAAGCACUGCCAGAGGCCUAUGUACAUUUCCCUCAGGUGGAUGGCCGCCUACCUGCUAUUGAGCAGCGCUAUGAAGAACUGGAGUCUCUGUCAGUGGCUCGGCGCCAGGCUCUGGAAGGGGCCCUGGCCCUCUACCGCAUGUUCAGUGAAGCUGGUGCCUGCCAGCUCUGGGUGGAGGAGAAGGAGCAGUGGUUAGAUAGCAUGGAGAUCCCAACCAAACUGGAGGACUUAGAGGUGGUGCAGCAGAGAUUUGAGACGCUGGAACCUGAGAUGAACAACCUAGGCACUCGUGUCAAUGAUGUGAACCAGGUGGCCGAGCAGCUGCUGAGCUCCGACAACUGUAACAAAGACCAGAUCCACCAGACACGAGACCAACUACACAACAGAUGGAAGGAGUUUGAACAAAUGGCUGGCCAAAAGAAACAAGCCCUGGAGUCGGCCCUCAACAUCCAGAACUACCACUUGGAGUGUAAUGAGAUCCAAACUUGGAUGAAGGAAAAGACCAAAGUGAUUGAAUCCACCCAGAGCCUGGGCAAUGACCUGGCUGGUGUGAUGGCACUGCAACGCAAACUCACUGGCAUGGAGAGGGACCUGGAGGCCAUUGAGGGUAAACUGGAUGAUUUGAGAAAUGAGGCUAAAAAGCUGGCCAUGGAACAUCCCGAUCAGGCUGGAGAGAUUCAAGGACGCCUGGCAGAGAUUCAAGAGGUGUGGGAGGAGCUGAACGCCACCAUGAAGCGACGUGAAGAGUCAUUGGGUGAAGCCAGCAAGCUGCAGGGCUUCCUUAGGGAUCUGGAUGACUUCCAGUCGUGGCUGUCCCGCACCCAGACGGCUGUGGCCUCAGAGGACAUUCCCACCUCUCUGCCUGAGGCUGAGAGUUUGCUCGCCCAGCACGAGAACAUUAAGAAUGAGGUGGAUAACUAUAAGGAGGACUACGAGAAGAUGCGGGCGGUCGGUGAGGAGGUGACCCAAGGUCAGACGGAUGCCCAAUACAUGUUCUUGGCCCAGAGGCUCCAGGCACUGGACACUGGCUGGCAUGAGCUGCGUCGCAUGUGGGAGAACCGCCACAGUCUUCUGGCCCAAGCGUUUGACUUCCAGACUUUCUUGAGAGACGCUAAGCAGGCAGAGGCUUUCCUCAACAGCCAGGAGUAUGUGCUGUCCCACACAGAAAUGCCCACCACUCUUCAGGGAGCAGAGGAGGCCAUUAAGAAGCACGAGGAUUUCCUCACCACCACAGAGGCCAGCGAGGAGAAGAUAACUGGCGUGGUGGAGGCCGGACGGCGCCUCAUUAAUGACUGUAAUGCAAACUCGGACAAGAUCCAGGAAAAAGUUGAUUCCAUCCAGGAAAGGCAUCUCAAAAAUAAAGAGGCUGCAAACGAAUUGCUGGCAAAGCUCAAGGAUAACCGUGAACUGCAGCACUUCCUUCAAGAUGGACAGGAGCUCACGUUGUGGAUCAAUGAGAAGAUGCUGACAGCACAGGACAUGUCUUAUGAUGAGGCCAGAAAUCUUCACAGCAAGUGGCAGAAGCAUCAGGCCUUCAUGGCAGAGCUGGCCUCCAACAAAGACUGGCUCGACAAAAUUGAUAAGGAGGGUCAGGCGCUGGUGGCCGAGAAGCCGGAGCUCAAACCUGUUGUUCAGCAGACCCUGGAGGACCUUCAGCGUCAGUGGGAGGAGCUAGAGGGCACCACCCGCACCAAGGCCCAGUGCUUGUUCGACGCUAACCGGGCAGAGCUCUUUACACAGAGCUGCUCUGCUCUGGAUGUCUGGCUGAAAAACCUUGAGGGUCAGCUACAGAGCGAUGACUAUGGCAAAGAUUUGACUAGUGUCAACAUCCUGCUCAAGAAGCACCAGAUGCUGGAGCACCAGAUGGAGGUCAGAGAGAAGGAGGUGCAGUCCCUCCAGUCUCAGGCUCUGGCCCUGUCCCAAGAGGAGGCUGGACUCACCGAGGUAGAUGGUCAGCAAAGGCGUGUCACUGAUAACUUCUCCAACCUUCAGGAUCCUCUCCAACUAAGGAGACAGCGACUACUCGCCUCCAAAGAAGCACAUCAAUUCAACAGAGACCUGGAGGAUGAAAUCCUAUGGGUAAAAGAGAGGAUGCCUCUGGCGUCUUCCACAGACCAUGGAAAAGACCUGCCCACUGUACAGCUGCUGAGCAAGAAGAACCAGACAUUGCAGAAGGAGAUUCAGGGCCACCAGCCUCGCAUCGAUGACAUCCUCAGACGAGGCAAGACUCAGAGCCAGUUAGAUGGUGAUAGGCAGUCUGUCCUGGAGGAGCGCCUCGUUGAGCUGGAGGACCUCUGGGGCCAGCUGAUAGCCGAGACAGACAAGCGCCAUGCCCGUCUAAUGGAAGCCAAUCGCGCCCAGCAGUUUUAUGCUGAUGGAGCAGAGGCCGAGGCCUGGAUGGGAGAACAAGAGCUACAUAUGAUGUCAGAGGAAAAAGCCAAGGAUGAGCAAAGCGCACUAGUAAUGGUCAAGAAGCACCAGACCCUCGAACAGGCGCUUGAAGACUACGCCCAAACCAUUCACCAACUAGCCAACAGCAGCCGCCUCAUGGUCACCAGUGAACAUCCAGAGAGCGAGAGAAUCACCUUAAGGCAAGCCCAAGUCGACAAACUGUAUGCAGGGUUGAAAGACCUCGCUGAGGAGCGUCGUGGGCGGCUUCAGGAGAGACUGCGGCUGACCCAGCUGAAGCGGGAGGUGGAUGACCUGGAACAGUGGAUUGCUGAGAGGGAGGUGGUUGCUGGCUCCCAUGAACUAGGACAGGACUAUGAACAUGUCACAAUGCUGAGGGACAAGUUCCGGGAGUUUGCUCGUGACACCAGCACCAUCGGCCAAGAGCGUGUGGAUGGUGUAAAUGGGCUGGCAGAUGACCUGAUUGAGUCGGGUCAUCCCGAGAACGCCAGUGUGGCUGAGUGGAAGGAUGGGUUAAACGAGGCUUGGGCUGAUCUGCUGGAGCUGAUCGACACACGCACACAGAUGUUGGCAGCCUCCUAUGAGUUGCACCGCUUCCAUCAGGAUGCCAUGGAGGUGCUUGGGCGUGUUAAGGAGAAGAGGGAGGGCCUGCCCUCUGACCUUGGCCGUGAUUUGAACACUGUUCAACAUCUACACAGACAGCACAACACUUUCGAAAAUGACAUCCAGGCCCUCAGUGGACAGGUGAACCAGGUGCAAGAUGAUGCAGCACGGCUGCAGAAGGCUUAUGCUGGGGAGAAAGCUGAUGACAUUCACAGGAGCGAACACGCUGUGACUUCUGCCUGGGAAGGCCUGCUUGAGGCUGGUCAGGCCCGCAGGCUCCUCCUGCUGGACACUGUGGAGAAAUUCCGCUUCUUCAACAUGGUGCGAGACCUCAUGCUCUGGAUGGACGGUGUCAACCUGCAGAUAGAUGCACAUGACAGCCCCAGGGAUGUGUCCUCUGCAGGACUGGUCAUUGCCAAUCAUCAGGACAUCAAGUCAGAGAUCGAGACAAGAGCAGACAGCUUUACUGCCUGUAUUGAGAUGGGAAAUACUCUCAUCAACAAUAAUCACUAUGCAGCCGAUGAGAUCCGGGAGAAACUGGCUCAACUGCAGGAAAAGAGAGACAAGAUCAACAAAAAGUGGCAAGACAAGAUGGACCAUUUACAAAUUGUGCUGGAGGUGCUGCAGUUUGGACGCGAUGCCUAUGUGGCAGAGUCUUGGUUGGCAGGGCAGGAACCUUUGGUGCGAGCAGCCGAUCUGGGCUCAAAUGUGGAUGAGGUAGAGAGCCUAAUUAAGCGCCACGAGGCCUUUGAGAAGCUUGCUGCAGCCUGGGAAGACCGCUUUUCGCUGCUAGAGAAACUCACUACACUUGAGGAGCAGGAGAUCCAGAGGAGGCGAGAGGAAGAGGAGAGAGCGCGGCGACCCCCGACACCGCCCCCAGUAGAAGUGGCACCAUCUGAGACAGAAAGUCAAGCACAUGAUUCUGCAGCCAGAACCAGUCUGGACCAGACCACACUCAAUCAGUCGGUGUCAGUGAAUGGAGUUCACAGCGACAAUGACACAUCUCAGGGCUCAGAGUCUGAGUCGGUGAAUGGACCAGGAAGGGACAGUGGGCUGGCAUCGUCUCGCCUCGAGCCUUCUGCCACGUUACCGAGCAGGGGUGGAGCAGAGUCCGAGCCAGAUACCAUGGAGGGGAUGCUCUGUCGAAAACAGGAGAUGGAGUCCCACAGCAAAAAGGCAGCUACCAGAUCCUGGCAGAACGUGUACUGUGUCCUAAGAAAAGGAAGUCUCGGUUUCUAUAAGGACGGCAAGAGCGCUAGCAACGGCAUUCCAUACCACGGAGAGGUACCCAUAAGCCUCGGGGAGGCUGUGUGCGAGGUGGCUCACGACUAUAAGAAGAGGAAAUUUGUAUUCAAGCUCAGGCUAGGAGAUGGAAAAGAGUAUCUAUUCCAAGCAAAGGAUGAGGCGGAGAUGAGCUCCUGGAUCCGUUCCAUCCACAACUCCAUUCCAGCAGGAUCAGGAGACUCGCCAGUAGGUCCGCGGGCCCUCAGCCGCGCCAUGACGAUGCCUCCCAUCUCCCCCAGCUCAGGUGAAGCCGGAGGCGUUACCAUGCGCAACAAGGAAGGGAAAGAGAAGGAUCGUGAGAAGAGGUUCAGCUUCUUUGGCAAGAAAAAAUAGAACUCUCGUUUAAAUCGAUGGAAACUACAUUUGUCAAAAUUUCAACAGACUGAAGCAGGCAGAAAGCAAAGUACAAACCGGUCACACAAACACACUGCUCUCAGUGCAGGCCCCAAGGAAUUUGUCGACGGCUACUGUACGUGGCUUACAGAGAACUUUGUUUCUUUUCUUUCUCUCUGAUUCUCUCCCUCGCCAGUUUUAUCUGUCAUUUUCUUUUACGUUCACUCAAUUCAUAAUUCACAUUCAGCUGCACCCAACAAUGAAAGCCCUCAUCCAAUUUCAGCCGACCAGCUGAGCUUAUUAGUCUGAGUCAGUAACAGGUGUGGUUGGCAUUAGCAAGGAUUCAGGCCCAGUUCAGUUCCAACCCACCAACACGGCUCUCGCUCAACGUGAAUUCUUCCUCUUCCCUGAGUCUCGACUAGCUGAGCUGCUUUGAUGCCGUGUCGCUAGUUAAACAAUGGAUGGAGGCUUUCCACUGUGGUGCACCCCUUAUUUUAUUUCUCCACUUUAAAGCGCUCUCUCUUUGGGAAGGACCACAUCAGUCUCUUUUUCUGUUCUUGGUAUUGAUGUUAUUAACCUGACCGAUAUUAUUGCUAUUAUUAUUAUUAUUAUUAUUAUUAUUUAUCUUUUGCUAUUGCUGGUUUGAGAAAACAAACUAAUUAAUUUGCCAGUAGAUAAUCUUGAUUCAUGUUGUGGAGAGAAACAAAUUUGGUUCUAGUGGAGAAUGUUGGGCUUGCCCUUUGUAUGUAUUAUUUUGUUUAUUUUAGGAAUGACAGUUGAUGAGGUGUUUUUGAGAAAAAAAAAUAAAGCUCAUUAAAUUUUAGCAGUGUGCAGUAA